AUGGCCGACAGCAGUGGAGAGGUGCGCAGCUUGCAGAACUACAGAGGACUUUUUAUUGCUGAGCAUGAUUAUCAUAAAGCAAGGAAUGUCUCUUUGGUCCCCCAAAAAGAGCCUCAGGAGACAGAGGAAUAUAAGAAGCUGAAAGAGAAGAACAAAGAGCUAGAGGAAAGAAACAAAGAGCUCUUGUCUAAAGCGAUGAGCGUACACAAGCACUCUGAGAACAUGAAUGACCCUUUGCGGCUGUCUACUGUGCUGCAGAUGUAUGAGAUGCUCAGGCUACAUGACUGGGAGAAAUUCAGGACAGCCUCCCAUUUGACGUAUAAAACUGGCAGCAGCAUAAUUAAGAAGCUGUUUGAAGCCUGCGAGAAAGAUAUAGAGCAGAGGACAGCUGACAUAUUUGAAGUUCUUGACGUUCGAUCUUUGAGUGACGCUAUGACCAACAACAAACAGGAGAUGAUGCCAGAAAUAAGGAAUCUCUUCAGAUAUUCCUAUUACAAAAACGACACAGAGUUUUACAGCAAAAUUAUCAUGGGGGAUCUCAGCCACUAUGUGGAGCUACUUGCCUCCUCACCAACAGUAGCAGGACUAACGCUUUGCGGGACCCCUAACAGCAAUGGUAUCACUGCCUUCCCCUGCAUCUAUAGCAGGCUUAACACAAGGCCAGUGUUUGGAGGUGUAAGAUCUCGCAUUGGGGUCCAGCAAAAUAUUCUAAACAGAUCAUCACCAGCUGUCAGCUUCCAGCGGACAUUUGAUGCUCGACAGAAGAUUGGACUCACUGAUGCCCGACACAAACUGGGGGUUAAAGAUGCUCGUGAAAAACUGGUUCAAAAGGACGCUCGGUUCAAAAUCAAAGGGAAGGUGCAGGAUGCUCGAGAGAUGUUGAAUUCCCGUAAACAGCAAAGUGUUGCUGCUGAAAAGGUGACCAAAGUGGUGGAUGCCAGAGAGAAGAUCAGCUUAAAAAGGAGUGCUCCAGCUACUAUCAGCCCAGCUAUGGGGACAGUAAAUCCAGCUGUGAAAAUCACCAAAACUAUCCAAGGUCUGUAUGACAUGGAAGAUGAUGAUGAAAGUGUCUCUCCCCUUACUAGCAAACAGAUGAAAAUCACCACCACAAACAGUUUCCUGCACAACGCGGCUGGGCUGAGUGGCAAUAAAUUCUCUUUGUCCAAGACUGUUCCCCUGACUAAAGUGGUCCAGAAUGAUACGUACACAGCUCCGCCUGCACCUCCCUCUCCUAUGCGGACGAAGGCCUUGACAAACAUGUCCCGGACCUUAGUGACAAAGGAGGAGCCUCCAAAAGAACCAGCACCUGUUGAGCUGGCAUUCAGUCCUUUGGAAGGCACAAAGAUGACCGUAAACAAUCUGCAUCCUCGAGUCACAGAGGAAGACAUUGUUGAGUUAUUCUGUGUCUGUGGUGCUCUGAAGCGAGCCCGGCUGGUGCACCCUGGAGUGGCUGAGGUUGUAUUCGUGAAGAAAGAAGAUGCUAUCACAGCGUAUAAGAAAUACAACAACAGGUGCUUAGAUGGUCAACCAAUGAAAUGCAAUCUUCAUAUGAAUGGGAACGUCAUCACCUCAGACCAGCCUAUAUUGCUCCGAUUGAGUGAUACCCCUUCAGUGAAGAAGGAAGGGGAACCACGCCGGUCAAGUGCAAGCGCCUCCUCAAAUCCCCCAGCUGAGGUGGACCCUGACACUAUCUUGAAGGCACUCUUCAAAUCCUCAGGGGUCUCUGCCUCUGUGCAGCCCACAGAAUUCAAAAUUAAACUCUGAGAAGGGGAAAUGAGCAGUGGACUGGAAAACUCAUUUAAAUUGGGGAAUGAGAAAAGUGCA